UGGCUGCGCCCAUGUGGUGAAUUGUUGCAUCUAAAAUAACUAAAGUCAUAGAACAUAAAGAUGGCUAAGAGUAAAAAGAAAAGGCAGCAAGAUUUUCAAAAAGUGAAACUGAAGGUUGGCAAAAAGUUGAAAAAAGCUGACAAUGUGACUAACGCCAGUUUCAGAACCCGAGGAAUACAGAUUAGCCAGCAGUUGAAGACUGGAGAUGCAUCACAGCCAAGUACUAAGAAAAAACAAAAUAUUACUGACUUGUUUAGUCAGUGUCGUCACUACAGUACAUCAGUAAGGGUAGAAGCUGUGAAUGGUCUUAAAGAACUCAUUACAACAAAUCCAGAAUUAGUGCAUUCACAUCUGUCAGAUAUUUUAGAAAGAGUUGCUGAACUUCUCACUGACAAGGACUCUAUUGUGAGGCAAGGAGCCAUACGUGUCUUCAAAUUCAUGCUUCCGCUGGUCUCGGAAAAACAUAUAUCACCAUUCUUUUCUCUUCUGUGUGCCCAUCUCUGCUGUGCAAUGACCCAUAUUUAUGAUGAUAUUCAAGUUGGCUCUUUGGCUGUGCUUGAUUUAUUGUUAGAAAAUUACCCAAGAUUGAUGAUUUAUAAAUCAAGUCAAGUUUUGUCAAAUUUCAUUGAGCAGAUUUCUAGACAGCAAGGUCAAGGUCAGUCUAAGAGGUCACUUAGUACAAAUCCCAACAGUGCAACGUCUUCAGUUAAAUGGAGAAGUUCUGUUUUAAACAGACUACAAAAAUUUCUAUCUGCCAUUUUGAAAUUUCAAGGAGCAUCUACAGAGGGUACAUGUGUAUCUGAUGAUCUUGAAAUGUCUGCAACCUCUAAUGAUGUGACCUUUACCCCUGAUGAGGUCAUGUCAGUGCAAACCUUUCCUGCAUACAUAAGAAACCAGUGGGUGAUGCCAGGAUUUGUCGUAAGUUCUAGCAUUUCAAAAGAUGCAGAUGGUAAAGCAGAUAUAUUAAAUGGAAAGUUCCCAGAAUUUGCUGCCACCUUGAUGCCACUGAUGCUGGAGUGUUGGGUUGAGUCUGCUCCCUCUAAAGAUACAAAUAAAACCUCAGGAGGGAACUUACUGUCCGGAGACAAUGUAGGAAUGAUGUACAAUAUUCUACAAGUUACACAGCUCCUGUGGGAAUGUAUCAAUGCACUUUCAACUGAAGAAUCUGGUGGAACAUUAGGCCAUGGUCAAUACCUGAAGGAGUUUGAGCAGCACUUUAUGGCUAGUUUCCCCUAUAGUGUUAAUACAAGAGCUAGUACAAAGGGGAAGGGAAAGAAACAACAGGCUGAUAAUGUCCAGGUUUCUGCUGAGAUCUUAAACCUGACCAUUUGUAACAUCAUGACUCAUUUCAUUGGUGAGAGAUCAACCAGUCAGAGACAGUCACAUGAUCCAGCUUGGUUGCCAAUGGUAACAAAGUACCUGAAUGACUUCCUUAGAGGGAAGUAUGGGACAGCUGGUGUGGGGCAAAGUGCAAGAACUGUGGUGAAUAUACUUGAAAGACUUGUAGCUAGAGGACAUGUACGUGGUCCUGUGUUGGGUAUUGUUACCGAGGUAUACAACAGGUUUCAGGCAGCAAAUAUAUCCUCAACAGAGAAAAAAGUCUAUAUGCAAUUCUUUGCUGACACUAUGCUGGCUGAUCAUACCCAAUUCAUUAGUCCACAACUAAAAACAAAAUUUUUGCACAGUCUACCAGAGUUACUGCCCUUGUGCACCAAAGAAAACAGUGAGAUUACCUCCCUUGUAAUUAACACUAUAAAGAAAGCUGCGUGCCAGAGAUGUUCAGGUCUACUAGACAGAGAAUUAUUCAACAGAGUUGGACAACAGUGGUAUGACCCUCAACAAGAUGUUAUAACCAGACUGACAAGUGAAGACCAGAGAAGCCUGAUAUGUUUGCUGUACUAUGUGCCAGACAUUGGGAUUGAACUCACAAAGAUCUUGGUCUCUCUGGCAAGAUGUCCCGACAUCAGUGCAAACCUGGUUUCAUUUAUGAUACAAGUACUACAAAACAGAUUUUUAAGAAGUGACAUGAGACCUGAAGAAGCAACUGUCCACAUAGGAUUUCUGACAAAUCUUCUACUAGGAGUAUCAAGGUCAGAAAUAGACAGUAUAGCUGAGGUGGACAAUAGUGCCCAGUGUCCAACGAUGGGUGGAUAUAACAUUGUCAAGAACUCUGUGAUAGACAGUGAAAAUAUAGCAGAUUUUGAGAGACAGAGUUUUAUUGUUGAGGUUGUUUGUACAUCUGUCCAGCAGUUCUACAACACUGAUCAGGUUGUGGAAGUAAUGUUUGGAUUCAUUGAGAAAACACUUGAGAAUGCAUCUGGUGUUCCACUACAACUGGCUUUUGGAAUAUGUAAAUUUGCUGAGUCACUUGCCUGUAUGCCAUCAACUGUUGUCUUCCUUAUCAGUACUCUUUGCGUCUCAUUGGUCAGUCAUCUGGUCACCUGGCAACAUUCCAAUAAUCAGAAUGCAAUAAAAGUGAUGCUUGAACUGGGCUGUAAUUUACUGUUGAAAACACCAGGUGGUGUAGAAAACUUGUUUACAGAGGCAAAGGACAGAUUUAGCAAAGAUAUAUCUAUGGACAUGGUGAUUUUGAUCAUGAAAACUGUGAUGUUAUUUCUUACUGAGGGUCGGCAACAAUGUAUGAGAAGCAGACCAGAAUGUGUGCAGACAUUAUUAGAUAUCCACACCUCACUGCAGACCUAUCUGACACAGCAUAAGACACUGGUUCCCACAGAGGCAGAGAAGUUGUUCAGUAAUUUUAGCUACCUGGUUUCCUGUGUGAAAUGACAUUUAAAGGAUUUCUAUGCAUUGUUCUAUUUCAUAAUAAACUUGAAUCUUGUUACAUAAUACUUAUUCUUGUAUUUAGUUACAA